AUGGCGCUGCCAGCUUUGCGCAACUUGCGAAAGCAGUGGUUCCCUCCUGCGCCCCAGUUCACCGACAAAAACGUGCCUCCGCAGAAGGGCAAGGUCUUCAUUGUCACGGGGGGAAAUGCCGGGGUUGGAUAUGCCUUGAUCAAGCUGCUCUAUCCUACUGGCGCCACAAUCUAUAUGGCCUCACGAUCCAAGGAGAGAGCAGAAAAGGCCAUCGCCGAGCUUGAAGCAUCAACCCCAGCCUCAGAAACACUUGGGAAAAUCAAAUUCCUCCACCUCGAUCUGAAUGAUCUUCUGUCUGUCAAAGCCGCUGCAGAAGAAUUCGCCAAGCAAGAAACCAGGCUCGACAUUCUCUGGAACAAUGCUGGUAUCGGCGCUAACAACGUUACGAUGGGUGCCAAAACAGCUCAAGGUCUUGAUGUUAUGUUUGGCGUCCACGUCGUUGCCUCUUUACUAUUCACCAACCUCCUCGUUCCCCAACUCAAAGCUGCCUCCACCGGUGGAGCUUCCGCUCGUGUUGUCUGGACCUCUAGUUUCUUAGCUGAAGGCAUGACUCCACCCAACGGUAUUGAUCUCGCGCUCCUGGAUGAAGGAUACCCCCAUCUCACCAAAAACUACGCCAUCUCGAAAGCCGGCAACUGGAUGGUUGGCCGUGAGUUUGCAAAGAGAUAUGGGAAGGAUGGUAUUAUCAGCGUCAUUCAAAAUCCAGGCGGGUUGAAAACAAACAUGUAUGCUGGCGUCCCCGCUGUCGGUCAAUUCUUCAUCAACAUGCUUCUCAACGAGCCCAUCUACGGCGCCUACACGAACCUAUACGCUGCUUUUUCGCCUGAUAUCUCGUUGGCCAAUAAUGGCGCCUAUGUUAUUCCCUGGGGCAGACUGCACGAGGACAAGGACUCCCCGAGGAAAGAUAUCAUUAAAGCAAUGACGGAUGAGGAGAAGGGUGGUUUGGGCUAUCCCAAGAAGGUGUGGGAGUAUUGCGAGUCCAAGUGGGUGGCGAGUGGGGUUUGGAAAGCUUGA